GCGAUGAGCGAGAGGCUGUGUGUGUGUGUGUGCGCGUCAGCGGGCGAGAUCGCCGUUACCCUUCACUGAAUACGAGCCUUCCUCGUCGCACACGGGAAAACCCACAAGGUCACCCGCGCGCGGUAGCCUUCCUCCGCGUGUGUGCGCCCGCGCGCGUCUCUGUGCGUGCGUGUGUGUGUGUGUGUUCGCGCUCGGCGCGUGUGCGCUCCAGCAUCUCUGCCUGCGUCGGAAAAGCAGCGGGCGGGCAGCGGGGGGAAAGGACGGCCAGGACUGGGCUCCCAUCUAUGUACGGAGUUUGUGGAUGCUGUGGGGCUUUAAGACCCCGGUACAAGAGACUUGUGGACAACAUCUUUCCAGAGGAUCCAGAGGACGGACUGGUGAAGGCCAACAUGGAGAAGCUGACCUUCUACGCCCUGUCUGCCCCGGAGAAGCUGGACAGGAUCGGGGCGUACCUCUCUGAGAGGCUGUCCCGGGACGUGGCCCGCCACAGAUAUGGAUACGUGUGUAUCGCAAUGGAGGCCCUGGAUCAGCUGCUGAUGGCCUGCCACUGCCAGAGCAUUAACCUGUUUGUGGAGAGCUUCCUAAAGAUGGUCCGCAAGCUUUUGGAGGCCGACAAGCCCGACCUACAGAUUCUGGGGACCAACUCUUUUGUGAAGUUUGCCAACAUUGAGGAGGACACACCAUCCUACCACCGCAGCUACGACUUCUUUGUCUCCCGCUUCAGUGAGAUGUGCCACUCAAGCUAUGAAGACCCGGACGUUCGCACAAAGUGAGUGUAUACGGGAGUUUGCCUGCGAGGGUAUGUUUACUAUGUGCAGGGCGUGGUGCGCAAGACAGUGAACGACGAGCUGCAGGCCAACAUCUGGGACCCGCAGCACAUGGACAAGAUUGUGCCGUCCCUGCUGUUCAACCUGCAGCAGGGCGAGGGCACUGAGAGUCGCUCCCCCUCUCCGCUGCAGGCCUCGGAGAAGGAGAAGGAGAGCCCAGCGGAGCUGACCGAGCGCUGCUUCAGAGAGCUGCUGGGCCGCGCUGCCUACGGCAACAUCAAAAACGCCGUCAACCCCGUCCUCAUGCACCUCGACAACCACUCUCUGUGGGAGGGAAAAUCCUUUGCCGUCCGGUGCUUCAAGAUCAUCAUGUACUCCAUCCAGUCCCAGCACUCUCACCUGGUCAUCCAGCAGCUCCUGGGCCACCUGGAUGCAAACAGCAAGAACUCGGCCACAGUGCGAGCUGGGAUAGUGGAGGUCCUGCUAGAAGCGGCUGCCAUAGCAUCCAGUGGCUCCGUGGGCCCCACGGUGCUGGAGGUGUUUAACACGCUGCUCAGACAGCUGCGGCUCAGCGUGGACUACGAGCUGACCGGCUCCUACGACUCCUGUGGAAACCUUGGCUCCAAGGUCAUCAAGGAGCACGAGGAGAGGCAGCUGCAGGAGGCCGUCAUCAAGACCAUUGGUUCCUUUGCCAACACGCUGCCCACCUACCAGCGCUCGGAGGUCAUGCUCUUCAUCAUGGGCAAGAUCCCGGUGCCCGGCAUGCACCCCGCCCUGGCGUCCGCCAAGUCCGGAUUUGACUGCAGUCGUAUGAUCCAAGUGAUGUUGUUGAAGUCACUGUUGCAGGUGGCGACGGGAUUCCAGACCACCAACAUGCUGACGGCCCUGCCCAGCUCCUUCUUGGACCCCCUGCUCUCCCUCACGCUGAUGGAGGACGCCGAGAUCCGGCUCCUGGUCCUGGAGAUCCUCGUCAGUCUGAUCGAUCGGCACGACAACCAGCCCAAGUUCUCCUCCAUCAGCAUCAUCUCCGACAUCUCGGUCCUGAAGCUGAAGGUGGACAAGUGCUCUCGGCAGGAUAACCUCUUCAUGAAAAAGCAUGCCCAGCAGCUGUACCGGCACAUCUACCUGGCCUGUAAGGAGGAGAACAGCGCUCGGCCGCACUUCGAGACGCUCUACACCCUUCUGGCCCUCAUCAGCAUGGAGCUGGCUAACGAGGAGGUGGUAGUGGACCUCAUCCGCCUGGCGCUAGCCAUGCAGGACCUGGCUCUGUCCAAUGAGGAGAUGCUUCCAGUUUACAACCGCUGUGCCGUCCACGCCCUGUCUGCCGCCUACCUGAACCUCAUCUGCCAGCUGACCACCGUGCCGAGCUUCUGCCAGCACGUUCACGAGGUGAUUGAGACGCGACAGAAGGAAGUCCCCUUCAUGCUCCCAGAGGGCGUGUUCACUGAAAGCCCCAGUAUCCCGAAGAGCCUGGAUAAGCUUGAGGGACAUUUGCUGUUCCUUCAGUCCAAGAUCACAGAGGUGCUGGGAGGCAGUGGCUACAACACUGACCGGCUGGCCACCCCAUACAUCCCGCAGUUCACAGAUGAAGACCGGCUCUCAAAGAGGAAGAGCAUCGGAGAGACCAUCUCCCUGCAAGUGGAGGUGGAGUCAAGGAACAGCCCUGAAAAAGAGGAGAGAACUCCAGCAGAGGAGAUCACGUUCGAGACUCUGAAGAACGCUAUUGUGGACAGCAUUGGUAUGGAGGAGCAGGAGAGAGAACGCCGGAGGCAGGUGGUGGAGAAGUUUCAGAAGGCCCCCUUUGAGGAAAUAGCUGCCCAUUGUGGUGCCAGGGCUUCGUCCUUGCAGAGCAAACUCAACCAGAUCUUUGAGAUCACAAUCAGGCCUCCACCCAGCCCCUCGGGCACCAUUACCGCAGGGUAUGGACAAAUGCAGAGCCGCUCGGUGCCCGUCUACGAAAUGAAGUUCCCCGACCUGUGCGUGUACUAGUGCGGGGGGGGGGGGAGGGGGGGGGGAGAGGGACGGCGCCCGGCGGCCCUCCCCAACCCCAGCCCCAGCCUUUCCGGAGCGCAGGAGGCAGAGCCGGCGGAAACAGCGCCACCCCUGCCCCGCCCCCCUCCGCCCCCGCGCUCCUUCAGACGAGGCCGAACUGACGCUCAGUCUCCACCCGCACUGUGACAAACCAAGCGGCUCGCCCUCUGACCCCGCCCGGCACCCAAUGGUCACCCGGACCCGUCACUGACAACCCCCCACCCCCCUCUGCUCCUGCUGCUGCCGCCAUCGCCACCUAAAGUCUGCACGGGCAUGCUGCCCUGUCUUUCACUGUGUCCACCCCGACAUCGUAGAGGGAAGAAGACGAGGGGGAGAGAGAGGAGAAUGUUGAACAUCUGGGAAGUAACGGCAUGCCUUCAAGACGUCCAGUUUUCAAGGGGAGAAACGCUGCUGGGAUUUGGGCUGGACCUCCCACUCGUCACCACCGUGUCAUCUGUACACACCAUCGCGCUCAGUGUGCGUUAAUUAUGGACAGAAAGUGCUGGAAGGAGGGCUGCCGGUUGAUCACCUGCUAAUGCAACAGAGGGGCUGCACUCACAGCCUUGAAGGGGUGUAUUGUGAGCAUUUCAUUUUCUAUUCAAAUGCUUAAUGUUGUCAUGGUAUCCAGUGAUGCUGUUUUGAGGUAAAAUAAUAAUAACAACUAAGAUAGCCAUACAAAAGUAUAAAGACAUUGAGCUAAGAGCAGACUGGGCUUUUUAGACGUUGUAUGUUAAAAUAAUUAUUUUAAAUUGUGUGUUGAUCCCUGUUUUCUGUAGAAAUCUGACAUCGCAACUCCCUCUAAAAGAGGGAAAGAAGAAAAAACCCCAUUACCCCAAUGAGCAGAAAUGUAUUAUUAAAAAGUGCAAGAUGUCACAAUAUAUUGUAAAUUUUAAUUACACAGUAUUGUAUUUUCUCUUACUGUUUUAGAGAUUUACUUGAAACGAAUAUCAAAGUUACACAGGCAAUGUUAGACUCGUGUUUUAGAUUUGAGUGAGGAAAAAAAACGGCACUACUAUUCAAAAGUAUGCAAACUCAAAAUCCUUUCGCCUAGGGUUCCAAAACUAGCAUCCGUGACAGAGAGCCAGUUCUUUAAAGCCUGUGAAGCACUUUUUUGUGUUUUGAUGGAAAAAAAAAAAGAUUUUUGGAAUCUUAUUUUGCUGUUUGACAUCAGGAAGUGCAUUGGUGCUAGUUCAGAGAUAUUUUUUCAUAACACUUAUGUGUUCGCUUUGCGUAGUAGUUUUUAAGAGGCGUGACAGACAUUUAAUUCACAGGUGGGUUUUUUUUUCACCAAAAAUGGGAGUGCCUUACGUGGGACUCAUAAUUUAUUACUUACAAAUGAUUGAAGAACACAGUAUGGUCUCAUUACUUUGAAACAAAGCCAGAAGGUUUUUCUUUUUAAUUUUUUUUUUUUUUAAGAUUAUGUAUUUUAUGAAUGUUUCAAUUCGUGCAUGUCUGUUGAAAAUCUGGUGUAGCCGUGUUUUUGAAUUUAUGUAAGACCUUCACAAAUGAGAAAGAUGGUCAGUUAUCUUUAGAUGAACCUAGACAUUGUUUCCUGUUUUAGUAUGAGGUAUUUAAAAGUACUCGUGCAGUCAUACCUGAACGUAGGUAUAUAUCUAUUUGUUUAUGUAGAUACUUUUUUUGCGUGCUCAUAUAUACUUGUAUACAGUGAGAUCCAAAAUAUUUGGGAGAAAGGCAUUUUUCACUGAUUUGUCUCUGCACUGCACAAUUUUAAAUUUGUUAAUCAAACAAUUCACAUGCACAUUCUUGGCUUUCAUUUAAGGAUACUUUUUAUACACCAUGUAGAAAUAAAAGUACUUCUUGUACACAGCCCUUCAUUUCACAGCAACGUAAUUUUUGGCAAAUACGAUGCUAUGAAAAUGAAAGUAGUCUUAUUUAAUGCUUAAAGUCACAUAUCCUUUGUAUGCAAUGACUGCUUGAAGUCUGUGACCCAUAAACUUCUCUGGGUACAGGAUAUCUUCUCUGAUGAUGCUAUGUCAGGCCUGUCCUGCAGCUAUCUUUUUGUUCCUGUUUGUUUUGGUGGCGAGUUACCUUAAGUUUUCUCUUCAUCAUAUGAAACACAUGUGCAGUUGGAUGCAGAUCACUCUGAUGUAAGUGGAUCUUGAUCUCUUCUGUCCACAAGACCUUUUUUGCGGACAGGCCCUCUGCAGGCUCUUUUAGGUACUUUUUUUUCAGUAAACUGUACCUUGGCCAUCCAGUUUUUGCAGCCACCUUGUGGUCUGCAUCUUACAGUGUAGCCACUGUAGAUCUGUUCGUGAAGUCUUCUGCAGAUGGUAGUCAUGGACACAUCCACGCCUGCCUCCUGAAGAAUGUUUCUGAUCUGUCAGAAGGGUGUUUGGGGGUUUUUCUUCAUUAUGGGGAGAAUUCUUCGGUCAUCAGCUGUAGAGAUCUUCCUUGGCCUAUCAAGCCCGUUGCAAUUACUGAGCUCACCCGUGCUCUCUUUCCUCUGAACAGCUGCUUUUGGUGAGGUUAAGAUUUGGCCUAUGUCUGACUGUUUUUUUUUUCUUUUUUUUAUUUCUCAGCCUGAUAAUUGCUUCCUUGACUUUCAUUGGCACAACUCUGGUCCUUAUGUUGACAAAUGCCAAUAAAAGACCCCAAAGCCAGUGAAAAGCCAAGAAUCAAGACUAGAUACUAACAGCUGUCUCAUACCUGCAUAAGGAAGAAAUUUAACACACCUAACAAAUCAGAAACACCUAUGAAGCCAUUUGUCCCAAACAUUAUGGUGCCUGGAAAUGGGCAGCCAUGUGUAAUAUCUACAUGGUUAAAGCAAAAUGCAUAAAAACGUCCUAAUAAAAGUUGAGUGUGCAUUUUAACCACAUGCAUAUUGUGACAGAUAGCAAAUAUAAAUUGUGGAGUAGAUAGCCAAAUCAAAGAAAACUGUCUUUGUCCCAAUCAUUAUGGAGCUCACUAUAUAUAUAUAUAUAAUUCUGGAUUGCACUGAUUAACAACAGGAGAAUCUGCUUGUUAAAUGUAAACCCCUACCCAGGAAAUCCUGCUGAAACUAAACAGCAUGAGUAGGCAAAGUCUGAUUCUAGUUCUGAAAAGAAAGAACUUGAAAGGAGACGCAAGGUCAUGGAGUUGACAAAAUAAGUGUCCAGUAGAGGGCGACGUCCGAUGGGAUUUAGACAGCAUGCGUUGGAAAUAUAGGCGGAUCACGUAGGCCAAUACCCCAUCAGCAGUUAACAUUUCUUCUGCUCUUGGAACCGUACCCGUUAAACAUUGUGUCCCCAGAUAGUGCCAUCACACGCCAUGCCUUUCUCUAUAGUGCUUUACACGUGAAAUCUGCAGUCCACGAUGGAGAUGAUAGCGUCUAGGCUAUAGAUGCAGAUUCCACCAUAAAUAUUUCCACUAUACUAUCAUCUCUGCUUAUGUCCCCAGUGAUACACAUUUUAUGGUUAUAACAUUAGCUACAUUUCCGCUAGCGCAAUUUUUUUGUGGCUUUAAAACAUAAAAAUUAGAUUCUCUGUAAAGUAGGCUCAUUCCAAAUUGAAAGUUCGGGAACAUUUUCAAUGACUUGCGUAACAGCUUCUGAGGCAAAUGGAAAUGGCUGAAAUUUGCACAAAACAGACCGCCAUGAAAAAGAACCAGUUCCGUUUGCAAAUGAUUAAUUGGGACCCGACUGCAAGGCACGAGACUUGCUCAGAUAGUGUAGGCCUUGCGCCGCAUUUCCCGACGAAAUGCAACUUGAAACCGAGUGGUGACAGGUUUAGCGUGCUAGUUUGCUAAAUUAGCUUUUUAUUCUAAUGGAAACGUAACUCUGUUCAUUUUACAUAAAAUACUAAGCAAUAAACUCAUUUGUUGGUUGUCUUUCAUCUGUCUUGUCCGCCUGUCUUUCCGUUAAAGCAUUGGGUCCUCGUGCCGUGCGUCUACACCAAAUGUGACGUUCUAAAUUCAUUGCAUCGUUUGACGUAAUUAACAGAAAAAUCAAAACCCUGUUAAAUUCAUAGCAGUCGUUGCUGCAACUCGGUAGCAUACCAAAAAGGCUUCUGGAGACUGAAGUGACCUAGUUCAAUGUGUGCCGUAGUCUGCAUGGUUGUACACCCAUGCGUUUUCACGCAUGUCGUAUGUAUUUCAUAUUUUUACAGUUUAUGAUUUCAUUAUAUGCGGUUGAUUGGGCCAGUGUUUGUGGUGGUGUUUUGUGACGGCCGCAUGGGCAGCCCUGUUCCCCGGAGACCAAAUCAGACAAAGCUUACAUGUCCAAGGCCCUCUCGCACUGUGGGUGAAGCCAUUCUAGACUUAGACCCUUGCCCGGUCUCAGUGCUUCAUAAUUUUAUCUACUCAGACGUAUUUUGUUCUCUCUUCGUUUCACUCAGUCUUUGAAAUUACAACUGAACCCUUUACUGUGUUUGUCAUUAUUCGUUUUUGAAUAUAAUUUUGAAUCUCACACUUUGUGUCUUUGAUUUCACAGUGUAGUUGUUUAAAUUACCCUAGAUUUCAUUCAGGAGUGGUGAGCCAUAAUACAUCAAUUUUGUGGAGCUGCAUUUAAGAUUCCUAAAGUUAAAAAAACCUUGAUGCAGAGCCUCCAUUUAAGUUCAGAAUAAAGUUUUACCUUACUUAUAAGUGUGCAUUCAAACUCUUGAAUAAAUUGUUUCAUUUCCUCUGCGUUUUAGAAAUGAAGUGAAAUUGUUUGCCUGGUGCAGUGGAGCUAUUGGCUGGGCACAACUGAAUCAAGUUGCAGUAAUGUCUAAAUGUUCACUUCAGUAGCCUAUGUACCAGCAUCUUAAAAAUCAUUUUUAUAAAUGUGAAAAAUAAGGGCAAAAAGACUUCCAGGGAUGAAUGGAUUUCUUUGUCUGAGAGCUCACUAGCAUCAAUUAUGAGGUUUGCAAUUCUGCAUUAGGAAUUUCACAAUUCACACACUCCAAAUGAUGAUAAUUUCAUCACUUGUCCAGGGGAGCUUUGACACAUGGAAGUCCACCUAGAAAUCUUUGGAACUGUUUCAUCUCUGAAAAGUAUGUACCUUUAAUAGUACAAGGAUAGAUGAGUCGUUCAGUGUCUUACAGUUUCAAUUUAUCAUUAAUGUGAAUACUCUUGAAAGAACAGAAAGGCCAUGUGAGAUUUGAAUGCUUGACUGGAAGCAGAGCAAUGGAAAUGUCUCUGGAGAACUGGAAGCUGCCUGUAAUUCAUGAUUUAACAGAGUGUUUGAAUGAAUUUGUAUACAUGAAUUUAAAUGUAUCUGUGGAAUUGCAUUUAAGUGAUGGAUAUUGAGCAGUACAACUACAGGGACAUGUAAUUAAAAAAACACAUCAAACCAUACAUUCCUUAGGUAAGAAAAACUCUCGGAUGUGCUGUAUUUUGUUGUUCAUGUUAACCAUUGUAUAAGCGCUGUUUGUUCCCUUCGUUUACGAGCAUAUGAUUAACCCUACCCUGUCUUUCAUUGUACACAAUUUAUCAUCUGUUAUGCAAUUUGUUCCCUUGUUAAGACUAACAAUUAAAUACACCAUUUUGUGUCCCAAAA